AUCCUUCCUCCCUCUGCCCCUAGCUCCACCGCCUGCAGGAACACAGGGUUCAGCAACGGGCCCAAGCUACUAUUUCCGGAGCCAGACGUGUGCGCGGCGCCCCAAACAACUUGUCAAAAAGACCUCUGCAGAGAGACGUUCAGGGCUGUAGCUUUCCACCGAGGCUACCAUGCAGACCCAGCUACGAAAGGCGUCCCUGAAGUCCUGGUGGUUUCUAUUUCCGGGUGCCUCUUCUGUCAUAAAGCGGAGACCUCUCUUCAAACGUGGCGUCGUGGGUUCUUUGCGCCUCGCCUGGAGUCAGCGAGCAAGGACGAGCGCUGGCGAGGAUACUCAAAGUCAACAGCUGAAGCCAGUCCUCGUGUCCCGGGCUCACACUGGCACGACUGUCCUCAGAGUCGGUUGGCUUUUGAGCUCUCACGAUUGAGGAGGAUUUCUCGUUCGCAACUCCAGGACUGCAGCUCCGGAGGAUCGCGUUCCUUCCCCCAUACCUGUCCCCUCAGUCACGCCCGGCCCUGAGAUGCAGCAUUUGACAAGUUACCCCCUCACCCAUACCACUUCUACCCACGUCCGAGUUCACUUUGUUGUUAACCUUCUUGAGACUCCCCUCCGCCUCCAGAACAGGUCUUUUCCUAGUUCAUUUUUGCCCAUAAAAUUGAGUUUCGAGUUUCAGAUAUCAUCCAGAAAGUUUACCUUUAAGACUGAGCACCCAUCUGAUACCCUUCCUCUCAAAAAAGUUCAUGCUCACGAGAGAGUUCGUGGGAAAAGCGAAAGCCAAUCAACACAGGAAACUAUGGCUGAGCACGGGGCUCACAUCACAACUGCUUCUGUGGCCGAUGACCAGCCAUCCAUCUUCGAGGUGGUAGCACAGGACAGUUUAAUGACAGCAGUGAGACCUGCUCUUCAGCAUGUGGUCAAGGUUCUUGCAGAAUCAAAUCCCACUCACUAUGGCUUCUUGUGGAGGUGGUUUGAUGAAAUCUUUACUCUGCUAGAUCUUCUGCUCCAGCAGCAUUACCUGUCUAGAACCAGUGCCUCAUUUUCUGAAAACUUUUAUGGCUUAAAGAGAAUUGUAAUGGGGGACACUCACAAGUCGCAGAGGUUGGCCAGUGCUGGCCUCCCAAAGAAGCAUCUUUGGAAAUCAAUUAUGUUCCUGGUUCUUCUUCCCUAUAUGAAAGUGAAGCUGGAGAAGUUGGUUGCUAGCCUGAGAGAAGAGGAUGAAUAUUCUAUUCAUCCCCCUUCUUCCCGCAGGAAACGAUUCUACAGAGCCUUUCUGGCAGCCUACCCAUUUGUUAACAUGGCCUGGGAAGGAUGGUUUCUGGUACAACAACUUCAAUAUAUCCUAGGAAAAGCUCAGCAUCACUCACCACUGCUCAGGCUGGCUGGAGUUCGGCUAGGUCGACUGACAGUUCAGGAUAUACAAGCUCUGGAACACAAACCAGCUGAAGCCAGCGUGAUGCAGGAACCAGUCAGGAGUGUUAGUGAGAAGAUAAAGUCAGCUCUGAAGAAAGCUGUGGGGGGUGUUGCCUUAUCCCUGUCUACUGGCCUUUCUUUGGGUGUAUUCUUCUUGCAGUUCCUUGACUGGUGGUACUCAUCUGAAAAUCAAGAAACCAUCAAGUCAUUGACUGCCCUGCCUACUCCACCACCACCUGUACACCUAGACUAUAACUCGGAUUCUCCUCUCCUACCCAAAAUGAAGACUGUGUGCCCACUGUGUCGUAAAACCCGGGUGAAUGAUACUGUUCUUGCCACCUCUGGCUAUGUGUUUUGUUACCGCUGUGUGUUUCAUUAUGUGAGGAGUCACCAAGCUUGUCCCAUCACAGGUUAUCCAACAGAAGUACAACAUCUGAUUAAACUCUACUCCCCUGAGAACUGAAAGAGAAUCGUGUCUUAUCCUCACAACAAAAGUAUUGCGCUGUAAUGCCACAGGGCUGGUUUCAGCAUGGUAUAUAGCAUUGAUACUUCUCAGCCUCAAUUCAUAACUAUAUGAACUUUAAAUGACUAUAUGGAUUUCUUUAAAAGGAUAUGCCCAUUUGAUCCUAAACUUUUAGCCUGCUCUCUAGAACCCUACUUACAGUUGACCAAGCUGCUUAAGGUAGAAGAAUCGGUAUUGGCAGGGGAUAUGAGGGCCAGUGUAGAGAUUAAACAGGAUAAUGACUAUAGAAUUUUUUUUUGAGACGGAGUUUCACUGUUGUUACCCAGACUGGAGUGCAAUGGCGUGAUCUCGGCUCACUGCAACCUCCGCCUUCUGGGUUCAAGCAAUUCUCCUGCCCCAGCCUCCCGAGUAACUGGGACUACAGGCGCGCACUACCAUGCCCAGCUAAUUUUUGUAUUUUUAAUAGAGACUGGGUUUCACCUUGUUGACCAGGAUGGUCUCGAUCUCUUGACCUCGUGAUCCACCCGCCUCGGCCUCGCAAAGUGCUGGGAUUAUAGGCAGGAGCCACCGCGCCCGGCCUGACUACAGAAUUUUUUGCUUAUCCCUUUCCUUAAAAUAUAAGUACAGAAGGUCUUAGGAAAAAUCCAAGUUAGACAGCAUAAAAAAUAAAGUGAAUAAUGAAGUGGUAGCAAGCCUUCUUUUUAGAAAAGAAAGCAUUUACCUGCCUGUCUGUAAGGUGUAAAUUUCAUCAGUUUGCCAACGAUAGGAAACGUGGACCUGCUCUUAGUAGAAACAUUUUAGGGAAAAAAAAGCUCCUUCCAUAUACUGUGACCCAUUUGUUAAGUGACAUCUACAGUUACCAACUUUUAAGGAUCUCCUUAAAAGUUAGAUAUUUAGGAAACUUAAGGAUAUUCCUUUAUGAACCCUCCAUAGCUUUCUUGAGAAACUGGUUAAAAAAGGAAUAGGGGUUGAGUGUUGCAGAGAGAGUAGUCUGAAGAUUUCCUGUGUAAAAGCAAAGCUAACAAGCAAUGAAAAGAUGAAGCAAAAUACUAAUCUAAUUGUAUAAAGAAAUGAUAUUUUAAUAAAUUCUUUCUGUUUGUUGCUAAGAGUUUGCUAAACUAUCAUGAAUUAUUCUGGUUAUUACUAAAGUUUCUAUGAAACACUUAAGUAGAUUUUAAAAAUAAAUGUUUCUGGAAAAAGAACUGUUCCAUGUUGUUAUGAUUUUGUAGAAACGUAAAGAUUACUUGAGGUGUUUAAAAUAAAUUUUUCAUUCAGACU